AUUUUUAAAAACUUUUUGUUCGAAUUGAUUCACAAAUUGAUUCACAAAGCGAAUCGACGUUAUAAACCUAAUUGGGUGGACAAAAUCCACAUUCCACAUUUUAUUCUUUUCAUAGAUGAUAACGAAUAAUAGCAUUCCCGUCUUUAUAUAAGUCAUUACUCAAAUGCAUUAGUUACAAUUGUAAAAAGAAAACAAAAAAAAAAUCAUGGCUAGCCGGAGAGAAGUACGGUGCCGGUGCGGAAGACGGAUGUGGGUUCAACCAGACGUCCGUGCCAUCCAAUGCUCAGCCUGCCACACUGUCACGCAGCUCUACUCGCUGGUGGACGUAGCGCACGGUGCCAACCGCAUAAUUCAUGGGUUUCAACGACUACUUGGACAACAUCAACCGCAGCAACAACAACCGCCACCGCGGCUGCUCGACCCUCUUCCCUCGCCGUUUGGCAACAAGAGAGCAGUGUUAUGCGGCGUGAACUAUAAGGGAAAAAGCUAUAGCUUGAAAGGUUGCAUCAGUGAUGCUAAAUCCAUGAGACGUUUCUUGGUUCAACAAAUGGGUUUCCCUAUUGACUCUAUUCUCAUGCUCACAGAAGAUGAAACCAGCCUACAGAGAAUACCAACGAAGAGAAACAUCAGGAAGGCUAUGAGAUGGUUAGUCGAAGGGAACAGAGCGAGGGACUCACUUGUGUUCCAUUUCUCUGGUCAUGGAUCUCAGCAGAAGGACUACAAUGGGGAUGAGAUCGACGGUCAAGAUGAAACCUUGUGCCCUUUAGACCAUGAAACAGAAGGAAAAAUCAUCGAUGACGAGAUUAACCGGAUACUCGUGAGGCCGCUCGUCCAUGGAGCUAAGCUUCAUGCUGUCAUUGACGCUUGUAACAGCGGGACUGUCCUUGAUUUACCCUUCGUUUGCAGGAUGGAGAGAAAUGGUUCUUAUGAAUGGGAAGAUCAUAGAUCAGUCAGAGCUUACAAAGGAACAGAUGGUGGAGCAGCUUUCUGUUUCAGUGCUUGUGACGAUGAUGAAACCAGUGGUUACACUCCUGUGUUCACGGGGAAAAACACAGGAGCCAUGACUUAUAGCUUUAUAAAGGCCGUGAAGACAGCUGGACCGGCACCCACUUAUGGCCACCUGCUUAACCUUAUGCGUUCUGCAAUACGUGAGGCCCAGUCUCGCCUCACGUUUGACGAGGACUACACAAGCUCUGAUGCAUCCGCGGAGCCACUGCUAACAUCAUCUGAUGAAUUCGACAUGUACGCUACAAAGUUUUCACUUUGAAUGCUGUACAGAUAUACACUGCCUAUUCUGCAAAUAGCUGGGAAACGUUUUCCACAUAUGCACCUACUUUUUCUAUGUGUAUGUAUCAUGUAGUGGUGAUGUCUGUAAUAAAACUUGUGAAAACUGCAAAGUCUCUCUCUUCUUUCGAGCAAUAAAGCUAUAAAAUUUAUGUG